AUGUAUGGUGUAGGAACAUGGAGUAACCCGUCGAACCCAAACCUUCCUCCGCCGCCGCCCCAAGGUGCCCAGAGUUUCGGUCAGGGUGCCCCCGCCAACUAUCAGUUUCAAUACUCGACAUGCACUGGUCGUCGCAAGGCGUUGCUCAUCGGUAUCAACUAUAUUGGCCAGCCGAACGCACUCAAGGGCUGUAUCAACGAUGUCGCGAGAAUGUCUAAUUUCUUGCACGAGAGGUAUGGAUAUCGCAGGGAGGACAUGGUCAUCCUCACCGACGACCAGCAAAAUCCCAUGAGCAUCCCGACCAAGGCGAAUAUUCUCCGCGCCAUGCAGUGGUUGGUGAAGGAUGCAAAGCCCAAUGAUUCGCUGUUCUGUCAUUAUUCCGGGCACGGUGGUCGGACGCCGGAUCUUGACGGGGAUGAGGAUGACGGAUACGAUGAUGUGAUUUACCCCGUCGACUAUCGGACUACAGGACAUAUCGUAGACGACGACAUGCACGCGAUCAUGGUUCGCCCCUUACAACCGGGCGUUAGACUGACAGCCAUAUUCGACUCGUGUCAUUCUGGCACUGCUCUUGACCUGCCCUACGUUUAUUCCACCCAGGGUAUCCUCAAAGAGCCUAAUCUCGCCAAAGAAGCCGCUCAAGAUCUGUUCAGCGCUAUCAGCUCUUACGGAAACGGUGACUUUUCCGGCAUGGCCUCGACAGCCAUGGGUUUCCUCAAGAAAGCCACGCGUGGAGAUGCCGCCAGACAGCGAACCGUCAUGACCAAGACCUCUCCGGCAGAUGUGGUCAUGUUUUCCGGUUCCAAAGACACUCAGACAUCAGCCGAUACGUUCCAAGACGGCGAAGCAAGAGGCGCUCUCAGCUGGGCGUUUAUCAAGACCCUGCAGCAGGCGCCUCACCAGAGCUACCUCCAGCUUUUGAACAAUAUCCGGUCCGAGUUAGAAGGGAAAUACACCCAGAAACCACAGCUGAGCUGUAGUCAUCCUUUAGGUAAGUCCUUAUUGAAGUGA